AUGUUGAAGGCGACGUUUCAGAAGAGUCAUGAGAAAUGCAAUGCGCCAAACGGUAGAAGAUAUAUUGGGUACCAUCAAAAAAAAACUCUGCGUCUCGUGCUUCUGAAAUUAGGCAAGAAUCGGAGAGUGACGUGGUGUACAAAUCACAUAUUAAUCACAAAUGACUCGACUAUACCUACCAGCCACUCAAUGCAUUUCAUCGACAUCGCAUAUUCUCGAGCAACUUACGGGCAAUUUUACUGGAGGGAGGAAAUCAGGUACGAUAGCAAUCGUCCUCAAGUCUUUCCAAAGAUCUUUAUCUUAGGAACGCUUGCCUUGGAAAUUUUGCCGAUGAAGGCUUAUUGUUCCGUCUAUAAUGUUCGUUAUGUUCGUUAA